AAUUACAAAAUGUUAUGGAUGUGAGGAAGUAGAAUAUUCGGUUUCCGAUUAAUGUUAAUUUGUGUAAAGUACGUUUUAUAAACAUAUACGUAAUUUAUAAGUCAAAAUUUAUUAAUAAAUAAAUAAAUAAUUAUGGCCGGAGGAAAAACAGAACAAGGUGGAUUUCAACCAGAUUCCGAUGUUCAUAUUACUUACGACGAUCAACAAAAAAUCAACAGAUUUGCAAGACAAAAUGCUAAAUUGGAAGAUUAUAAAGAAGAACUUAAACUUAAACAAAAUGAAUUGAAAAAUUUAGAAGAUGCUUGUGAUGAGUUGACUCUCGCAGAUGAUGAUGUUAAGAUACCAUAUUAUAUUGGAGAAGUUUUUGUUUAUCAAGAUAUUGAAAAAACACAGAAUUGUUUAGAAAAUGCUAAAGAAAAAAAGAAAGCAGAGAUAGCAAGUUUAGAAAGUAAAUGCGAUGAACUAAAAUCAUUGAUGAGUGAAUUGAAAACUCAGUUAUAUGCAAAGUUUGGCAAUCAUAUAAAUUUAGAAAGGGAAGAAGACUGAAUUAUUUAAAAUAGUUUCUAAUAAAGAAAAAGUUUGUAUCAACAAUUUGACAUAUAAAACUAUUUCUAUUCUGGCUAUAACAAUUGACUGCUGAUUUCCAAAGUUAUUGUCAUUCAAUACAUGAAAAAAAAUAAUACAUGAGUAUAUCUUUAA